UAUGUCACCGUCCAGCUCUAGAGGAGGCUCCGCUCCACGUGACAUUCAGGGAACCUAUCUUCCUUCUCCAGGGGCACCAAAAACCUCUGGUCUUCUGGGUGAAGCCAAAAUGGAAGAAGAGAAGUGCUCAGAACCAAAAGACAACUUGACUCAUAAGGACAUGGCUCAGAUGGGGAAGGAAUAUAAGGCUGACGUUGACUUGCAAAGGGACAAGGACGGAGGUCCUCGGGGUGGAGAUUCGACUGAUGAGGAAGAAGUGGAAGCUGAAGAUGAUGUUCUAACAGAUGAAGAAUGGAGGUUUUUAAAACAAUUCCACAGCUGGAGAAAGAACGAAAACAAGCGCAUUAGAACACUCUAUGCCAUCGCAGACAACAUUGACAAAAGCGACCAAAAAGCCACCAAGGCCAAAAUGGUGACCGACUCUGCGUCAGUCAUCUCUGAAGCCAUGUGUCUCCUGGGUUUGGCCCUUGCUCCAGUAACUGCAGGUGGAAGCCUGGUGCUCACUGCUGCGGGGACAGGUUUGGGGGCCGCUGCUGGGAUCACCAACAUCGUGACUCACGUGAAGGAAGAUUCUCGCAACAAAAGUGCCCUAGCUCAGGCCAACAGAAUCAUACCUAGCCAUGACCAAGAGCUUGAGGAGGUCACGGGAAAGAUGACAGCCUAUGUCACGGCUGCCGGUGAGAUUGCCUACAAAUGUGGGAGCGCCUGGGAAACCAUCCGAAAGCACAUCCGAGCCCUCCAGCUAACCAAAACACACCCCCAUGUUGCCUCGGCUGCCAGCAAGCUCAUGACUACUGGCCGGGUCUCAACCCGAAGCAGCAGGCAGAUACAAAAGGCCUUUGGGGGCACAGCUCUGGCAUUGACCAAAAAUGCCCUCAUGAAGAACGGGCUACCUGCUCUCUUCUUUCUCGGCCAGGACAUACAUGCUCUCUGGAAGGACUGGGAGAAACUGCAGGCUGGAGAACCAACAGAGCUUGCAAAAGAGUUAAGAUGGCGGGCUCAGAAGCGGGAGCGGGUGGUAUCAGAACGCACCUGUCGCUAUGAAGGGCUGAAGAAGAGACUCAGAGAAGAUGCCUGGAGGUCUUUGAAAAGAGCCAUGGAGACUCAGCCUCGGCCUCUCUCCUCCACUGAGAGAGCAAAGCCCAAGGGACAGCAGCGAAGACAAGCAGAGACCUUGGGGUUUUGAGAUCAAUAAAGGGGGACCAGGGUGGGGGUAGCAAGGCUGUCAGAGGUGAUGCCUGAGGGUCACACACAAGGAGGUGCCAGGAAGGUCCCUGGGGUCUCAGAAGAGAGGGUUCGGUUAACCCUACCCCUGAACCUGCCUCCCUUCUUCACUCUGACUCAACACCACAUCCCCCCCCCAUCCCUUCUGCACCACAUCCCUGGCCCCCAUCACUCACUAACACAGCACCAGGUUGGUUUUAGACAGAUAACAGGCUUCCUGCCGGCCAGCUUCCCUAGUAAUUAGCAAUGAUAAGGUGUGAGGAUUCCCCGCCCACCUGGCCUCUCCGUGUGUUCUCUUCAUCCCCGCCCUGGCCCAGUGGGAACUGCUGGCUCCCAGUCAGGUUUCCACACAAAGGCUGUCACCGGAACCUGCUAGGCCAGAUUCCAGAGGAAGGACAGAGCCUCGCGUCCUGAGCCCUCAGCUGGCAACCUUCAGUACUUCACUUGGCUGCCGGUUCUCUCAUCUUAAAAAUCUUUUUCUGUCUGUGAAAGUCACACAUGCGUAGUACAACACACACACACACACACACUCACAUGCACGCACACACUCUGGGAAGGCAAAGGCUGGGGGGUUGAGAGUGUGGCAUAUGCACACAGAACUUCCUGUGCUCUUUCUUCUCAGGUUGUCUAGGUGUUGGCUGUCCACUGCUGUCCUUGGACUCUGCAGGGACCCUCCCUCCCAGUGUGCUGCGGAAUUGAGCCCCUUUCUCUAAUCCCUCACUUGCCUGUGUCUGAACCUCCCACCCGGCUCGCUGUAGUACACGGAACUGCCUGCCUUCACCCCUUUACACGGCAGGCAGAUAUGUUGGCACACAGGUGCUUGGGCUUAGGGGUACGGUGAGCACACACAGGUCACAGCUGUCUGUCUCCACCUGGGGGAUAGGUGAGUAAGGGUGCUCACUGCUACCAGGGAGAGCUGUAUCUCCAGGCCACGCCCUGCAGGUUCUACUCUAAGGAAAGGGAACUGUGUAAGAAUCCAGGGCAUACUCUGAUUGGCUAGGAGGGACUGGGCCAAAAAAAAAAAAUCGAAGACGUACUCUGAUUGGCCAGGACCAGGCUUUUCUGGGACAAGCCUUAUGAACCAGAAGAGAGGAGAAA